GACAUACCUGUGCUCAAACACAGACAGCACAACACAACGUAUUUAUGAGUAUUUUAUCUGAUUUUACAUUAAAUUAAUUUAAUAUUAAAAAAAAUAAAAUAAAAUUUUAUUCAAUAUUUAUUGCAUUUAUUAUAAUCGUUGUCUAAAUAUAUGAGUCAAUACUUGUGUCAAAACCAAACCAUUAGACAACAAACAGACAGACAGACAAUCAUCUGUUGUAAAGACAGACUAAUUGACAGACAGAACAACUCAACGACACAUCUUCUUGUUGUUUGUGUCACCACUUCUUCAAUCAUAUCAUAUGUUAUAAUAUAUAAUGGACUCAAAUAGUAAUUACAACGACACCGAUGGUGGUAACCAUCGAGUAGAGGACACAAACAGCAAUGUUAUGACGACCGACAAUAGCCAUCAUCGGCAGCAACAGAUGUCGACAACAACUGGCGAUCAGUUGACGACUUCCGGCGGUGAUAUCAAUUGCAACGACGACGAGACCAAUCAAAGUCGCAAACAUUAUAUUAAUGCAACUGAGACAUUAAUCCAUCCAUUGAUGGCCACCAGCGGUAGUGAUAGUAAUCUCAAGAGCUGUACGCCAUCUCCACCGCCGGCGACGACUAACACAGAAACGGACACUCAUUCCAUGUCCUCGUCGUCGACCUCUAGUCUGCCGGCAAUGCAAACAUCGAUGACAUCCAUAGAAAGUCAGCCACCGAUGACUCCAUCGAUAAUUUCUCGGCCGACUUCAAUAGCUCCGCCGCCAUUGCGACAAAUUGUCACGUAUUUAGGCUGUGCGGCCAUUAAUGCGCCGCGAAGUGAGGCCGAAAUACAGCGCAAUAUGGCCAUAUUGAACGACAGUCCAUCGGCAAUGGAUAUCACACUUAUUGUGCCAAAAUGUCCAGACGAUUGUGUCCAGAUGUACGAAAUGAACGGAGACUCGGGUACCGGUAGUAAUGGCGACACGUCAUCGUCCGAUAGUAAUGAUAGUCACAAAAUUGUCGCACAGUUUCCGAUUUCGCGGAUCAUAUUCUGUGCCAGAGGUCGUCACGAUUCUAAUGAGAGAAACUGUUUCGCAUUUACCGCAUCUCACGGCCAGACAUUCGAGUCGGGUGUCAUACAGUGUCAUGUGUUCAGAUGUCGUGCCACCGAAACUGUGGCCGAAAUACUUCACGCAUUUGGACUGGCAUUUAGACGUGUGAUCACAAACAAUACGACCCAACACGAGAUAACGGUGACUAUGGAAGCGGGACUCGAGAUAAAAGAGGACACAACUGAUGGCAAGACAACGGUAUGUCCGCGAGAUAAGGAGUGCUUCAAGUUUAAGGUCAACACAGAGAAGAAGAUAUGUGUGGCUAUAUUUCAAGACAUUACUCAAUCAAAAAUAUCAUUAAAUAUCGAAAAAUGUUUUGGGAUGCUAUUGUCACCGGGUCGAAAUAUACGGGCGUCUGAUAUGAUACCAAUAGGUCUAUUAUCAAUGAACAGACUUCAAGUGCCCUUAGAUAACAGUCGCAAAAGUGUCACUCAGUGGCAAAUUAUUGGCACUUGGAAUCCAAGCGAACCGCUAUUUGAAGUCUUAAAUACGGAAACACCGAGAGAUACCAGAGUUUACUUUACCAUAGCUGUCGAUCUGGUUGUUUCGGGUAUACAAACACCGGUGCGCUUUGUGUUUGAGGCUAAAGCCAAAGUGACUAAUAGUACAGCAGCUGAUAAAUUUUGGAUUAAUCUACCGGCCUUUUCUAAAGGCAAGCCUCUUCACGAACAAUUUCAUGUACAGCUCAGGGAGAAGACUAACUCGGAACCGAACUCGCGUUUCGAAGUUGUCUCAUGUUUUUCAUCCACACAAUUGCUUCAUCAACGACAUAAACUAGCACUUAGGCUACGACAAGAUGGCCAACUAAUGGGCGACCGAAUGGAAUCGCAUCGAACGUCUGUUGCGUCUUUGCCCACCCCAUCCAAUGAUGACAGUGAAGACAAUGAUGAGCCACUUCCCAGUGGUACCGGUAUUGUUAGCAAAGAGUGUUCGCAAACAGAACUUGACGGUUGGUCUGAUCUUUUGAAUAAAUGGCAUCAAAACCUAUCGCAUCGACCCAAACAAGUGCAAACACUUGUCCGACGAGGCAUUCCCGAAGCUCUGAGAGGCGAAGUGUGGCAGCUAUUGGCCGGUUGUCAGGACGAGACCUCACUUAUGGAUCAAUACAAAGUGCUCAUCACUAAAGAAUCACCGUAUGAGAAGUACAUUGAAAGAGAUAUCAAUCGCACAUUUCCUGCCCACGAAUUUUUUAAAGAGUCCGGCUCUUUAGGCCAGGAUUCACUGUUCAAGUUAUGCAAAGCCUAUUCAAAUUAUGACACUGAGAUCGGCUACUGUCAGGGCCUAUCAUUUCUUAUCGCAGCCUUACUUCUGCAUAUGCCAGAGGAACAGGCGUUUUGUGUUUUAACUAAAAUUAUGAACGAUUACGGACUGAGGAACCUAUUCCGCAACGGUUUCGAAGAACUUCACUGCAAAUUCUAUCAAUUGGAACGAUCUAUGGAUUAUAUUAUGCCUGAAUUAUACUCACAUUUUGCUGAUUUAGGUGUUGAGGCACAUAUGUAUGCUUCCCAAUGGUUUUUGACACUAUUUACGGCAAAAUUUCCAUUACAUGUGGUGUUUCCAAUAUUAGAUCUGUUUCUUUUAGAUGGUAUGGACACCAUAUUCCAGAUUGCAUUGGCGUUACUAUCGGUAUCCAAGAAGGACUUACUAGCGCUCGACUUUGAGGCCAUUCUCAAGUAUUUCAGAGUACAGUUACCGAAAAAGUUUCGCACCGAAGAAAAUGGGAAAUUUCUUUUAAGGACAGCCGUUGGCAUCAAAGUUAAGAAAUUAAAGAAAUACGAAAAGGAAUAUCAGGUGUGGAAAGAGUCGACAAAAGUGGAGAAUCCGAUCGAUAGAUUGGAAAAAGAAAACAAACGGCUAUUGGAUACCACUCUGAGGUUGGAACAGGAGAACGACGACUUAGCUCAGGAACUGUUGACUACAUGUAACUCGAAGAUCAAACUGCGCGCCGAAUUGGACAAAAUGGAGGAUAAGGCCGACGCACUGUCCACUGAGUUGUUGACUACAAGCAAACUGUUGAUCGAUGCCGAAGAUGAGAAACGCAGACUUGAAGAUGAAGUAAAGAAUUUGAAGGAAAUGUGUAGACGAGAGCUGGAAAGGGCUGAGCUUGAGAUCAGCACAAAUGCAAAAAUUAUAUCUGAAUACAAACAAAUAUGCAGUCAAUUACAGACGAGGUUUGAUGCCGAACAGUCAUCGUCUCGUGAAUCACUCGACAAGAUAUUAGACAAAGUGAAGAACUGUGAACAGUGCGCACAGUUGUUCACUAAUAACUGUGCCAACAAUAAUAAGGAUAUCUACGGAUCAAUGGUUGCUGAUGGUAGUGUCAAUGGUGGCAGUGAUGCCAGUGAUGGUAUUGGAAACGCCAACACAAAUCUCUUGCAGCAUAGGAUCGUGGACUUGGAGUCUGAAUUGGUUAAGUCAAAGGUGGCACUCGUAGAGGCCGAGUGCCGGAAUGAGGAACUCAUGAAAGACCUAAACUCUUUUCAAACAGAGAUUCAUCACUUGAGGACACAAAAUGACGAGUCGAAGAAUACUUGGUUUUCGAAGACAUUGUCAUCGAUACGAGAGGCCACCAAACCAAUGGCCAGACAGCCAUCAACGGUAUCGUCCGAUUCAACGCUGUCAUCAUCACAACAGUCGUCAUCGACUUCCAGUAUGACCACACCUGUCGUUAGUCGUGACACGAGUCGCGACUUUGCAAACACUUAGUGUUUAUGAUUUUAAACAUAUUUUUUAGAUGCAAAAUACAAUUACUGUUAACAAAUUAAAUUAAAUUUUAUAAUGUUAUAUCUAUGAUUUAAUUUUCACCUGUUUGUAUUGUUUUUUAUUUAAACUAAACAAUUGGAUAACAUCAAAUUUGUUUUAUUUUUUUACCUGACAAUUGAUUAUGUUGAAUUAAGUCAAUUUAAAAUCAAUAUACAUGUUAAAAUUAUGCAUGUAUAAUUACCUAGAUUAUUCUGUUAUUGAUUUUAUAAAUUUAAAAUAGAAUCAAAAUAU